AUGACCUUGUUAACAGACGAUCAGCUGAGAAAUAUUGAAAAUUCCUUUUGGAACAAGACCGAUGCUGCUCAUCUUAUUACUAAACCAAUAACGAAUCUGGUUGUGGGUAGUUUAAUUGAUGAAAGCACAACUCCCACCCAGAGACCAGCUGCAGUUGAUUUAACAUCCUUAUCCUAUGAACAAAUUGUUCGACAUCUAAUGGAUGUGCAGACUGUCAAAUUAGAACAGAGGAACAAACCAAAACGAGAUGGGUCUCAUUACACCACUUACUAUAAAGACGCACCAUCGAAUAUUUGUGAUGUCUGUGCUGAAACUAUUGUCUACCGUGGACGAAGAUUCAUAUUAGAACUCAGGUACGAUGGAAGCGAUCACGCUAAACAGCCUGGAAAUUGCCUUUUUAUGGAAUAUGGGCGACCUCCACUUCGUUUCGACGCAUUGCCUAAUGAAAAUAUUGAUAGUCCUGCGAUUCGUCUUCUGUUUUUCAUAGAAAUUGCCCGACGUAAAGCUGUAGAUCCUCAUCGAAACUUUAAAAGAGAUGAAUUUCAUGAUCUUCCGGUUGGUCUUGGAAUUGCUAUGGCUUAUAAGCUUCUAGGCGAUCAAUACAUACAACUGAGUGAAUUUUGGCUAAACAGUGGUGAUGCCCAUAUAUUUAGUUACGGGUAUCGAGUACGUGGGAAUGGUUUUCGAAACUUAUAUAAAGUUUAUUAUAACCAUUACAUCAACGACAUGAACGAUCCAAUAGCGAUAAUGGAUCACCUCCGAAAUCUUAUGUCAAAUUUUUAUACUAGAUUUGAUACCUUCACGACCUUGCAUAUAUGUUGA